AUGAUCUGCCGGUACAUUGGCCAUCCUGCCAACGAUGAUGAAGCAGAAGAAAGAUUAAGAGCAAAGUUCUUCUCUACAUUUUCGCGUUACUUCUCUGUCAUUCCUGACUUUGCAAAAUCCAUGAAUCUCGAGAAUAACCAAAUGCACACAGUUUCACAUCGGCUUGUCCCUUCUGGACCAAACCCACUUCACAACUGA